GUGGAACCAAAGUGUUAUUCACGUUUUCUCCCCGGACUUAUAACAGAGUGACACCCGACUAUAGGAAGAGGAAAAAUAGAAGAUGACAGCGAAAUCGGCUCUAGUCCUGUGCAUGGAUGUGGGUUUCUCCAUGUCCAACUCUGCUCCGGGUGAAGAGCCUCCCUUCGAACUCGCCAAAAAAGUCAUCCAGAAGUUUGUCCAGCGCCAGGUUUUUGCAGAGACUAAGGAUGAAAUGGCUCUGGUAUUGUUUGGUACAGACUCCACUAAGAACCCACUGGAGCAGGAUGGACAGUACCAGAACAUCACUGUCCAUCGCAACCUCAUGAUACCUGAUUUUGAGCUUCUGGAGGAGAUUGCAAAUCAGAUUCAUCCAGAGAGUCAGCAGGCUGACUGGCUGGAUGCUCUGGUUGUCUGCAUGGAUCUCCUUAAGAAACAAACAGAGGGGAAAAAGUACGAUCGUCUCGUCAUUGUCCUUCUGACAGACCUUUGUACUCAGGCCAGUCCUGAUGAACUGGAUAUUAUUAUUGAUAAUCUGAAAACAGCUGGAAUCACCCUGCAGUUCUUUUUGCCUUUCCCUGCAGGCGAUGAUGAGGAAGGUGGAGGUGAUGGGGACAGAGGAGGUUCUGGACACCCGGGUGCAGGUAAAGGUCUGUCCAGGGAGCAGGAACAGGGUCUGGACAUGGUGAAACAUGUCAUGCUCAGCCUGGAUGAGGAGGACGGCUUGGAUGAAAUUUACAGCUUCAGGAAUGCACUGGAGCAGCUGUGUAUGUUUAAGCGUAUUGAGAGGAGACCCACUGCCUGGCCCUGUCAACUGACCAUUGGCAGUUCUCUGUCCAUCCGUAUUGUUGGCUAUAAAGCAGUGAUGGAUGAGAGGCUGAAGAAAACAUGGAUUACAGUUGACGCUCAAACCAACAAGAGAGACGAUGUAAAGAGAGAGACAGUCUACUGUCUGGAUGACGACAAUGAGACGGAGGUGCAAAAAGAAGACAUAAUCCAAGGUUUCCGUUACGGCAGUGACAUUGUUCCUUUCUCCAAAGUGGAUCAAGACCAGAUGAAGUACAAGCACGAUGGGAAGUGCUUUGCAGUUCUAGGCUUUACCAAACAGAGCAAUAUACAUCGACAUCAGUUCAUCGGAAAUCAAGUCAUUAAGGUGUUUGCUCCCAAGGAUGAUGAGCAUGCAGGAGUGGCACUGUCAGCCCUUAUUCGUGCAUUGGACGAGCUUAAUAUGGUUGCCAUUGUACGUUACGCUUAUGACAGGCGCUGCAAUCCUCAAGUUGGAGCUGCUUUCCCCUGCAUCAAGCAGCACUAUGAGUGUCUUAUGUACAUCCAGCUGCCCUUCAUGGAAGACCUCUCACAUUUUACAUUUCCUUCACUUGAAAACAAGAAGUUCGUCCCCACAGAAGCCCAGUUGUCAGCUGUGGAUUCUCUCAUUGACUCCAUGAUGCUGGUGGAGAAAGAUGAGAGCGGAGAACAAAAGGACAUGUUGAAAGUCCACCACAUUCCCAACCCUGCCUUCCAGAGGCACUUCCAGUGUUUGCAUCAUCGGGCAGUAAACCCUGGCACCCCUCUUCCCCCCAUGGAGCCAUGGCUGAAGGCUGCUCUUGAGCGGCCUGAGGUAAUAAGUGAACGCUGCCAGGCUCCACUCGAAGAGGUGAAGAGGAAGUUUCCUCUUACAGCAGUGGAAAAGAAAAAACAGCUGAAGACUAGCGCUCAGAUCUUUGGCAAAGACACGGGGGAGCCAGAUGCCAAGAAGGCCAAAGGAGACGAAGAGGAAGAGGACUAUAACCUGGCUGACAUUGCCGAAGGCUCUGUUACCUCGGUGGGAAGCGUGGAUCCAGCCCGUGACUUCCGGACACUGGUCAAACUGAAGAGCCUUCCAUUUGGAGAGGUAUGCCAGCAACUGACUCACAGGAUAGAGCAGUUGCUUAGCAACAAGAACACGCACUACUACAUGAAAAGCAUCACCUGUAUCCAGGCUUUUAGAGAACAGUCCGUUAAGCUGGGGAAGGCUGAUCUGUACAAUAGCUACCUUCAGUCCCUGAAAAGGAGCAUCCCGAACAGAGGGCUCGAGGUCUUCUGGGACCUGCUUGUUCAAGAUGCUGUGACUUUGAUCAGCAAAGAUGAGGUUGAAGGAAGUACUGUAUCCAAAAAUGAAGCUAAUCAGUUUCUGAUUACGGAUGAGAAGAAAGAGGAAGUGGCUGCACCAACCACCGAAGACACUGGAGACGUUGACGAUUUGCUGGAUAUGAUGUAAGAAGGGAAGCAAAGGGAGCGUCUGCAGUGGACAUGCAGAGAAAUGAGAAGAAUGCAAUCUUUCAGCACAGCCAGACCAAACCACUUCAGCCGUCCAUUGUUCUGCCUCCCACUCGGAGACUCUUGAUACUUUUGAAACUCUUAAUAUCAAACAUCACAGAGCGUAGUUGUAUAUAACUGAUUAGAACAGUAUGAGAGAUUACUGUUGCUUCUAGAACUGAGACUUAAAAAUGCAAUUGUGGAAUGUAUCAUGUCAAAAUUACAAAUCUCCUUUUGACUUGUUUCUUAAUAAUUCAGCAGGGAGGAGGAUUGAAAACCAGUUCCAGUUGAGAAAUCUUAUCCCCUUGAGCUCGUCAAUUCUGUUUAUCAAUGCUGGCAUGGUUUUCUGACGAGAGCCGGCUGCUAAGUACACUCACCAUACACAAUAUGCAAGGGCAGCAAAGCCGGAGCUCAGUGUUUGUAAUAGUAGAGAGUGUUUAAACUGCACUAAAAGAUAAUAAAACUGCUGUGUUAACGCUGAAAAA